AUGACUGCAGAUCUGCUCAAGAAAGUUUCUCCCUUAAUAUUCAACAGUUUUCUCAAGAUCUACUUCGGAAACAAGCAGAGAAAUGUUGAUGAUAAAAUUAUCGCCGAGCUUCAGCAACACAAUAACAGAUUAGAUUUGAACAAACGUCUGAUUGCUGAACAAUCUGCUCGCCUGCUGAACACAACAAACACCUUGACUGAAGUUAACAAUGAAUUCAGAAAUGUUGAUGACAGUUUAUCUGAUAAACUGAUAAAUCUUGAAGUCCAGAUUGCGGAGAACAACAAAGUUGUAUCAGCAGUACAGGAUAAUUAUGAAAGCCUUGUAAUUCGAUCAGAAUUGGUGAACCAACAGGUUGUAAAAAUGGUAAACCAACAGAAUGGUGUCAAUGAUAAUACAGCUGCUUCUGUCGAAAAGCUGAAAAAAUCUUUAAUCACGUUAGUUUCUCAGAGAGCGGAUAAAGUGGUGGAUGAUUUAAGAGUUGAGUUUAAUGCCCAAUAUGAGAAGGCGAAAAUUGAGCAGCAGAGCAUAACAACAAUGGCCGUUGAAAGUUUACGAAAGGAAAUCAAGAGUUUAGUAUAUUCGGAAUUGGGAUAUGAGAAUAUACCAGGUGCUGGUCUCUUUCAUAUUCCAAAUGAUGCCAAACCGUGGAGUGAUGCAAAAAGAUAUUGUGAAAGCAAACUCGGGUUUCUCGUAGAAUUAGUUAAUAGAGAAUUAGAGGUAAAAGUGAAGAACUAUGUGAAUACUAAAUACGGAAUUUCAACCUUCUGGCUCGGGGCAAGGGAUCAUCACACUGAAGGUGUGUUUAGAUGGGAGAGUAGUAACCAGCUAUUAGCGUAUACAAACUGGGGGAGAGGGGAACCUAAUAAUCAUGCUAAUAGAGAGGAUUGUACUGAAUUUAGUUCAGGUAUUUGGAAUGAUUUGGACUGCAAUGAGUCAAGACGGUUUAUCUGCCAAUCUCCAUGA